CUCUUCCACUUGCUUGCACGUCGUAUACUUCUGUAGAGCGAACGAAGAAAAUGGAAGAAGCUGGCACAAGAACCAAGGACCGCGAGGCAGAUCGCUACAGCGAGAGGCACCGCUCCUCGAGGCCUCAAGACAGGGAACAUUCUCACCGCCCGCACGGUGACGGGCCCCGCGAGCCCCGCGACAGAGACCGCUACGAGGGCAAACGUCACGGAGACCGCGGCGACAGAGACUUCCGAGACAGAGAAGUUCGUGAGCGUGACAGGGAGAGAGAUCGGGAUCGCGGGGGGUACGGACGUGGUGGAAGGGAGGACUUCGAGCGUCCUCCUCGCGAGGAGCACCGCAGGAGAGAGCACCGCGGAAGAGACGAGGAAUUUGGUCACGGCCGUCGCGGAAGGGGCGGCGACGGUGAAGAAAGAGGGGGUCGUGGCAAACAUCGUGAAGGACUGGGAACACCAGAGCGAAGGUCGCCUACUCCAUCCGAUGCGGUUUCGCUGUCACAAAGGAAGAGAAAGGCCAGCGGCUGGGACAUUCACGCGCCCGGCUACGAGCAGUACACCGCCAUGCAGGCUAAGCAAACAGGUCUCUUCAAUCUUCCAGGUGCUAACAGGACGCAGAUCCCCCCGAUCCUCGCCGUCCCUGGACUUCCGCCGCCGAUGCCAGUACAGAGCUUCGGUAUGGGCAUGGGUGUCAAUCCGAACCUAUCUAGGCAGUCACGGCGUUUGUACAUCGGAAGUAUCACUCCGGAAAUCAACGAACAGAACCUCGCAGAUUUCUUCAACGAAAAAAUGAAGGAGAUGAGCAUCGGAACAGGAGCGCCGGGCAAUCCUGUUCUAGCCGUUCAGUGCAACUACGAAAAGAACUACGCCUUCGUCGAAUUCCGCAGUGCGGAGGAUGCCACCGCUGCCAUGGCUUUCGAUGGUAUCAUCUUCCUCAGCGGACCCCUGAAGAUCCGCCGACCGAAGGAUUACGGUGGUUCGGAGAACCUUGCUCCCAGUAUGCAUGUCCCCGGCGUCGUCUCCACAAACGUCCCCGACUCCAUCAAUAAGGUAUUCGUUGGCGGUUUGCCACCUUACCUCAAUGAGGAGCAGGUUAUGGAGCUCUUGACGAGCUUCGGUGAUUUAAAGGCCUUCAACCUUGUUCGCGAGAACGGUAACGGCCCGUCGAAGGGUUUUGCAUUCUUCGAAUAUGUUGACCCUGCCGUAACGGAUGUGGCUAUCCAGUCCCUUAACGAGAUGGAGCUUGGCGACAAGUACCUCGUUGUCCAGCGCGCUUCUGUUGGUGCAAAGAACGGGCAGAUUCCGCCGCAAGCUCUCUAUCCGACCGAAAUUCCGAAGCCUAUUCUUCCUGCUGGCGAUCUCGAGGGCGUCGAAGCCCGUAUCUUGCUCAUGCUGAACAUGGUCGUACCCGAGGACCUCAACGACGACCAGGAGUAUGCCGACAUCUACGAGGAUGUCAAGGAUGAAUGCGAAAAACACGGGCCCAUCGAGGACCUUCGCAUUCCUCGUCCUGUCAAAAAGGAUAAAGCCAAGUGGGGAGAGAGUGGUCUUGACCCGUUGUCGGCGCAACGCGUGGACGAAGCUGCCGGCGUCGGCCGCGUCUAUGUCAGAUUCGUUGGAGCGGAUGGAGCGAAGAGGGCACUGAAGGCUCUCGCGGGUCGCAGCUUUGCUGGCAGAAGCAUCAUUGCCACGCUUCUGGACGACAACAGCCAGACGACUCCCCCGCUCAAUCUCAUAUUUGCUCCUCAGCCCGAAGCUCCGCCGCCGCUGCCCCAGGACUGAUCCCGCAUCCCAGUGCUUGCUAUAUAAUCUCACGUUUGCUCAUGGCAUUUUUCCCAAAAAGAUCGAGAAUAUAUUCCCAUGCUUCCCAGUGCAAAUAGACGGUCGCUGUCUCGUAGGCACACCAACACAGUGGUGGGUAGUGUUCCGUCUUGAUGUGUAUUGCGCCUCGCGCCCUGUGCCUUCCCCACACAGCUGCCGGAUAUUACCAGUUC